AGGCGCGGACCAGAUGCAAAUGGCGAUGACCGUCGUGGGCCUCGUGAUCUUCGUUCUUGUCAUCAUCUUCGUCGGCGGUUUCGUCCUCUGGAAGGUCUUCUUUUCCUCAAACGACGCCGUGGAUCAGCCGACGAUUGAGGACGCGACGACGGAAAAUAUCAGCGGAGGAGUUCCAUUCCACGAAAUGCCGGGAGGAAACUUCUGGGAUGACAGCUCCGGAAAGCCUCCAGUCUCCAUCGUGUUCGCAGAAGACACCGAAAGCGUCGAAGAAAAUGUCCAAGGCGAACCCAGGAACAUAAGCGGCUUAGACGAUCCGUCAGCAGUCGCGCUGGACUACGUGUAAUGGUACAGUCGCCGGCGACGUUGACGCCGGCAAUUGUGGAGCCGCGCAGCGUUCGGCGUCGCCUUCGCCAAUGCGUUCUCUCUCUUUAAAAAAAUGCAAAUAUGUGUUUACAUCUAACGUACGUCGUCACCAAUUCUUAACGAUAUUGUUGUAAAUAAAGAGAAAUGCUAAAUGUAGGACUCGGGAUUCGAACGCUGAAUGUUGAGAGAUAUUUUAUUUUUUCUGAUAGUCUGGCUGCUGAUAUUGACUAUGCGUUCAGGGUGUAGCAUACAUUUAGUUUAGGGGUAGAAGAGCUCAUAACAGCAAUUGGGUGUAAAACAUGUCUCUGUCCAGUGAAGCGGUAAAUCGGGCUACUCCGUGCUGUAUUCGAUCUUCUACCGAACGUAUGUUCAUAUGAAACGGAGGUUGUGAGGGAUUAGGCGAACACCUUAAACACU